GGGGAUGCGACCGGGUGCAGCUUCCACGGCUGGGUUUCGGGCAGGGGAAUCAAGUGCACCGGUCCUUUGCGUCAGUUUUCUCGUUUUCAUCCGUAGAAAUGGCAGAGAACAGUUGACUAAAAGCGCGUUCCUAGAUGUUCCGGCCACUUUGGGGUAGAUUAUUUAAUUUGUGAGGAUUGGUGUUGUAUUUAUUGUGCACUAAUGGCUUGUAUAGACGGUAGGGAUUCCUGAGGCUGGACCUGGACAGAAUUGUACCUACCCGUCAAUAUGUCCAGUUGGAGUGUGAUGAUCUCUAUGCACUGGGCUUAUGGAAUAUAGCCUGCUCUGUCACCCUCUCCACGCGCUCUCCGUCAGUCCCGUGAAGAAGAAACUCGGGCUCCUCUUCAUCAUGCUGCUCCUCUGGGUCUACAUGGUCUAUUCCUGUGUGGGCUACUGUGCCACUAUGCCACCAAGUUUAGUCAUGGACAAUGGUAAAAAUAUUCGAGACAUUGGUUACCUCGGGAAAACUGAGGCGGAUAGUGGCCGAGCGGACCUCGUGAUGUCUAAGCUGCUGUCCAGACCGCAGAGCUCUUGGACGGACUUGGAAUCAGAUUAUGAUGAACCUACCGUCAGAAGGGCUCCCCGAGGCUUCUCUAAAAACGAUGUGGACGCAGACCGAGCUGAGGAGUGGGACGGCGGGCGAGGAGGAGAUCAGAGAGUCUCUGCGCUGUCAAGUUUCUCCAAUGGCUCGGGCAGUCAGAAGCUGCCUCAGGCGAUCAUCAUCGGCGUGAAGAAAGGCGGGACGCGCGCGCUGCUUGAGUUUCUGCGCGUGCAUCCCGAUAUCCGCGCGGUCGGAGCUGAGCCACACUUUUUCGAUCGUAACUAUGACAACGGACUGGACUGGUACAGGGACCUGAUGCCUAAGACCCUGGAGGGCCAGAUCACCAUGGAGAAAACACCAAGCUACUUUGUGACCCGUGAGGCUCCAGCUCGGAUCUAUGCCAUGUCCCGUGACACCAAGCUGAUCGUGGUGGUCCGGGACCCCGUCACCCGAGCCAUCUCAGAUUACACACAAACAUUGUCCAAGAAGCCUGAUAUCCCCACUUUUGAGAGCCUGACAUUCAAAAACAGAACUACAGGGUUGAUAGACACCUCAUGGAGCGCAAUUCAAAUCGGCAUCUAUGCCAAGCACCUGGACAACUGGCUACAGUUCUUCCCCAUGGGUCAGAUUCUGUUUGUGAGUGGAGAACGAUUGAUUAGCGACCCAGCCGGAGAGCUGGGUCGUGUUCAGGACUUCCUGGGACUUAAAAGGAUCAUCACAGACAAACAUUUCUACUUCAACCAGACCAAGGGCUUUCCUUGUCUCAAGAAGGCUGAGGGCAGCAGCAAGCCCCAUUGCCUGGGCAAAACCAAAGGGAGGACCCACCCAAACAUUCACCCUGAGGUAGUGCAGAGACUUAGAGACUUCUACAGACCAUUCAACAUGAAGUUCUACCAGAUGACUGGGCAUAAUUUUGGUUGGGAUUAACUGUGAAUGGAGAACACACACACACACACACACACACAAAAUCCAACAAAUUCUGUGUAUUUGCAAAGGCAAAAAGACAUUGAGAUGAUUGCUAUAUAUAUGUAAAAUGUACAGAAAUCUAUUUUAUAAUAAUUUAUUUUUAAUUUCUAAGCAAUUAAUUCACUAAGCUGCCUAACCAAAUUGUGUAUAACAUCUGGCCCAACUGUAGUCUCGCCACCAACAUUUUUGAUUUGCCGUGGUUAUUUCUACACACAUUGAAUUUAUGGUGCUUCCAAAUUAUUUAAAUUUACAAAGACUGAACUCGAAAAUGUUUUGACAAACAAAAAACACAACGUUUGUUACGGGUAUAGUGCAUUUACAAACCAAUAGUGACAGAAAUUUGCAAUUCAUUUAAUUCUGAAUGUCUAAAGAAAUGUACCUUUUUGACAGACGGGAAUGGACUAUAUUUCACUGUAAAAGUUAUACUCUUGACCACAUUUCUUGUUUCAUUACACUCCAUAUUGGCAUGAGUCCUACUACGUUCAACUGAUCAGCAAGAGAGCUGAUCCAACGACCCCCUUUACUCAAUAACAUGUGGAUCAAUAGCCCUAAUUGCUACUUAUAGUGUCACUAAUGUUUAGAGUCAACCGCUGGCCUUUCACUUGCAGAUUCCUGUAAUGAAUGGGCAAUCCAUUGAUGGUUAAAUCAGAUCUCAGAAAACAGGCAGCAUGUCGAUAUUAUGCUAAUCGUGUAACUCAUCUAAAAAAAUCGAUUAGGUUUCUCCAGUCUCAAGGCCCUAUUAGAGGAAGAUCUGGCCAACAAGUCCAGUUACUGCCCUGUCUAAAAGGUUCAAAGUUCAAGUCUCAGUAACAUUUCAAUGAAAGGAACUGGAUGGGAUAAAAGCGAAACUGUUAAGGCUUAUGCACACUGCCCCAAAAAGCAGUUAUUUGGGCUUUGUUAGGUCAAUGUGUUAACCGUGUUGUUUGUUGGACCAGUAUGAAGAUGAUAGUUGUUUCCCAAUAUUCUAAAGAACAGUUCACACAGAAAUCGAUUUUGUGUCCAUCUGCACUUUUUUUCAAUAAUGUUUUAUCUUGCUGAUUUUUUUUUUUUUAGCGUCGCGUGCAGGAGCACCAUGUUUUUAAGACGUUAUGUUGUUAAAACAACUCAAACUUUUUGAACACGUCUUUCAAAACUCUUCAAAAUAUGUUUCGAGACACCUGCAUUCUGUUCUAUUCACCACAUCUAGCUUUUUUUUGUAACUCAAGUGCACAUUCUGUGUAAACAGCCCCUAAAUCCUCUUAAUCCAACAGCCAACUUUAGAAUAUUUGAAAUUUUGGUGUUUGUUGAGCCAGUAUGAAAAUGAUUGUUUGUCAACAUUUUAAGGGGCCGUUCUCACAAAAUACGUGGUGUAUCCAUCUGUGCUGUUUUAUUUAAUAGUUUUUCUACGUUAUAGUUCUAGCUAUAUGGACAUCUUUAACUGUUGCUCCAUAUCUCAAUGGUUUUUAAGUAUCUCGCAAAUGAGCGGCACGUUCUUAAAAUGCUGCAUCUAAUUUUUUUUUUAAAUACAAGGAUGUAUUCUGUGUGAACGGCCCUAAAAUCUUCUAAAGCCAACAUACAACUUUGGAAUGUUUGAAAUGUUGGUGUUAUUUGGGCCAGUAUGAAAAUUAUAGUUAUGUUUUCCAACAUUCUUAGUGGCUGUUCACACAAAAUGCAUUGAUUCCAUCUUUUAAAUAGUUUUUCUAUGUAACCAUAAGCUAGGUGGAAAUCUUUGACUGCUGCACCGUGUUUCGAUGUUUUUUUAACAUCUCGCACAGGAACGCCACGUUUUUAAGAAGUUUUUAAGACUUUUAAAAAAAGCCCUGUACACUUGCAUUCUGUUCUAUUAGUUGUGCCGCAUCUAGCUUUUUUAACGCAAGGGUGUUGUAACGGGUUCAGGAUGGAAAAGGAGGAGGCGGGAACCGGUUGAACAGUAAACGAAUGGCACAGCAGUGUGUGUCUCUCUCUCUCUCGAACUGGCGUCUCUGGUUCCCCUUUAUCUCUCUCUCCCACUGAUUACGAGAAUCAGGGCCGGCCGUGCACUCCUUCUCGUCACACUCCUCCCCCACCUGAUUCAGGUUGGGGUAUUCUUCCAUACCCUCGUGGACAGCAGCGGCAAGGACUCCACGACAGUGCAUCCCUCUUCCUUCUCGGGUUUUGACACCAAUGUAAUGGGUUCUGGAUGGGCAAGGAGGCGGCGGGAACUGGCUGAAAAGUAAACGUAACUUUUAAUGUCAUAACUGAACUUAAAAGAACAUAAAACAAACAUAAACACACACAGCGCAGCCACAUAUGUCUCUCUCUCUCUCUCAAAUUGGCAUCUCUGGCUCCCCUUUAUCGCCUUCUCCCGCUGAUUAGUCAAUUCAGCGCCGGCCGUGCACCCUCAUGGCCCGGCCACGCCCUCCUCCUCGUCACAGGUGUGUUCUGUGUGAACGGUCCCUAAAUCCUCAAAAUCCAACAGCCAACUAUAUAUUGUUUGAAAUUUUGGUGUGUGUUGAAGUGUUUUUGGAGCAGUGUAAAUUAGCCUUAAUUGGAGCCAAAUUACAUGUGAAGCAGACUAAAGAUAGCGGGUAGAUCUCAUCCGCUACUGUAUCUCUAUAGGAGUAUCAAAAGCUUUACCCUAAUGUGAGUUGGUGCCAAUACUGACUCAUACUAGAAAAUAUAGACUGAGGUGCAGAGUAAUGUUUCCUCUUCAUCCCAUCUAAACACAUUUUUAUUCACAUCUCAGUUCUCCUGUUUUUGCCAAAUUUUACCAAGCUAACGAACCUGCAUUAAGAUGCUCAUUGUUGUAUUUUUUUGUUUCAUAGCCUCUGUGUACUUUUGUUUGACUUUCUACUUGAAUUUUUGAAAUGCAAGAGGGAGAAACAGUCAGUCGCUCUUGAUCUGUUAUAUUCAUCCCAUGACUGCUGAUAUGGUGGCUGUCUCGAAGGCAAGAUAAAUGACCGAGCUUAGUGCAGCUCUGGUUAUGGAUCAGCUCUCAAUAUCUUGGGUUAAGGUUUAAGGGAAAGUUCACCCCAAAAUGAAAAUUACAAUAUGUCAUCAUUUACUCAGCCUUAUGUUGUCCCAAACCCACUUUUUUCUUCCAUGGUACAUGAAAUUUGAUGUUUUGCAGAAUGUUUUCCAUACAAGUGAAUGAUGACUGGGGCUAAUAUACUGAUUAACAUCUUUUAUGUUCCACGGAAGAAAAUCAUACAGUUUUGGAAUCAACCUGAAGUUGAGUUAAAUGAUGACAGAAUAAUCAACUUGUCACUUUUUACAUCUUAGCUUUAACACUGGGUUGAUAUAAACUGAUCCUGGAUCAGGAUUCGAGGAGUAGCAUCACAGGGAGGUUUUAAAGCAGACUAUAAGCAGGACCAUUACAAAUGUACUGUUCUGAUACUUCACUUUCUCUCAUCCCUAUUUAAUAUACUGGAAAUUAAAUGCAGAGGGGAAAAGUUUGUCUGUUUGUUUGGUUUUGGAUGAAUGCAAAGAAAAAAGCAAAGCAGUCUGAUUCAGCUCAUUAAUUUUUGUUUUAGAACAUGCUGUGCCUCAGACCCCUGUGCUAUGCUAAGCCAACUUCCUUUCAUUUGGAGAGGAGAUUGUAAUAUUUAUCAACUGUGAGGACAGCAGUCCUUUAGAGUCUGAACUAAUUGGGGGGAAAUUUCCCAGUGCAUUUUUCCUACUUUAUGCAAUUAAUCAUAUAUUCAGAUGUUCCAAGGAGGUGAAAAAAGAAAGAAAUAAUGUGAAGUUUCUCCUCCAACUGUUUGUUACUUGCGUUCACAUUGUGUGAGGAUGGCAGUGAAACAGGGUCUAGCAAAUUUUCAUCAAAUGCAAGCCCAUAGGUGGUCCUGUGAUUUUACGAGUGCAAUUGAACAGAAACAUCUAUUCCAGGAUAACUCAAAGUAGAGCGUUAUUGCUCAGGUAUUUUUUUUCGGUAAAAUGUGUAAAGUUCAUCCGUCACUGAUUACAUGUGAACUGCAUAUGGAUUCUGAUCUGUCAAAAUUCUGUCUGAGCAAAGUUUACACCCUUUGCUCAUGUUAAGGCUGUGUGUGCUGAUGCAUCUUUUUAAUGGUUGAGUUUUAUUCAACCUCAUAGAGAUAUUCAGAUGUUUGAAAUGUUUGUCUUACUCCGAGUAUAACAUGAUAAAUAGACUAGAAAUUAUCUUUAUGUACAAAUCAUGAAAAACAUGUAAACCAAGUAUUUUGUGGUAUCAACAAGAAUUAAUUUUACACCAUGAAAGAGCAAAAUGGUACAGAUGUUUCUAGAUCAUUAAAUACUGAACAUUCAUACUUUUGCUUCAUAUGAAGAAUAAAAUAAAAUAUAUAUUUUACCAAACUAUCCAUUGUUUAUUGACAUAGAUCAAACGUUUUACAAAUAAUUUACUGUAUAUUAAAGGUGAUAUGUGUUUAUAAUUUUUAUUUAAAUGUUGAAAUACUUUUUAUACAACUUUAAGUGAGGCAUUUGUAGGUUGAUUUCUCUGAAAAGUGUAAAACGUGGCUCUGUAACAAAAUCAAAAAAAAAAAAAAUAAUGAGUUUGGGGCGGGGCUAUUUUUUUGUCCGACCAAUGGAAUGUAAGGUUCGGGAAACCUGUUUGAAAACAAUCAAUAUAUUGAACUGAUCUGACUUUCGAUUUUCUUAUAUCUGACCUUUAAAGUGCCAAAAAAUACCAUAGACUUGCAUUGACGUAUCUAUCUGACAUUUUCUGUUGGGCCUGCAAAGCCUUCAAAAUUCAAGGUUUUAAAAC